GAAGCACGAGUGCUGGAUAAGCUUAUUAACAGAGAUAGGUCUGGUGAACCCAAGCCCAAAGCUUCCCAGCCCAUCAUACCAGCAUGGAAUAGGACUUAGGAUGCAGAAUUUCGCAGACCUGGUCCGCUGUUUACAAGAUCCCGGUGGACUUUGCGAUCUCGUGAAUUGUAUCCGUUCACGGUGUACUGCGGGUCGGCCAUCUUCAUCCCGAGCUAUGAGGACUUGCCAUUUCGACCACUCGCGCGAAAUCACCUUCCUCGCUCUGUCUCUCUACAUCCUCGGAUGUGAGUGCUCCUAUCUCGUACGCUCCUUCACAGCAUGUUCAAUUUUAAAGUAGGCGGCACUGGCACUUUCCUAUCGCCCCAGCUCAGCGAGCUGGCCUUCGUCGGCUGAAAUCCACCCUUCAUUAUCCCAUUUGUUAUCCCAUUUGCCAUGUUCGUGCUU